UUGAGAUUCGUUUAUGUCACAGUUGUGUGGGUUGCUAUUACAUAUUACCCAGCGGCUUUCAAUGGAUGGACUACUCUCAGUGGACCUAUUAAGUUGACGGUUUACACCAGCUGCUGAGGGAUCAGAUCAUAUUGGGGUAAACGGAUCACAUCAAACUGGAUGAAACUAGGUGGGGCUGAAUCAAAAGUAGACCAGAUCUGAACUGAUCCAGAUCAGACUAAUCCAGACCAGACUGAUCCAGACGAUACCAGGUCCAUCCAGGAGGCCUGUUCCAGUUUCCAAUCCAGUUGAGGGCUCAAGAGUGGAUGGAAGGAGAUGAUUUUAACACAGAGGCAGUGAUGAACAUCUGUGAUGACCUGAUGGCAGACCAAAGGAUGGACAUCUCGUCUACAAUGACCGACUUCAUGUCCCCCGGGUCCACCGACCUCAUCUCCAGCUCCAUCAGCACGCCAGGCAUGGACUACACCCGCAAGAGGAAGGGCAGCACCACCGACUACCAAAUCGAUGGCUUCUCAUUUGAUGACAUGGACCCAGACAAAGAUAAAAUGGGGAGUGACCAACAGGGCCGGAUUAAGAAUGCCAGAGAGGCUCACAGCCAGAUCGAGAAGCGUCGCAGGGACAAGAUGAACAGCUUCAUCGACGAGCUGGCGUCACUGGUGCCCACCUGCAACGCCAUGUCACGCAAGCUGGACAAGCUGACGGUGCUGCGAAUGGCCGUCCAGCACAUGAAGACACUCAGAGGUGCAGCCAACCCAUACACAGAGGCCAACUACAAGCCUUCCUUCCUCUCAGAUGAUGAACUGAAGCACUUGAUACUAAGGGCUGCUGACGGUUUCCUGUUUGUGGUUGGGUGUGAUCGUGGGAAGAUUCUCUUUGUUUCUGAAUCCGUCUACAAAAUUCUCAACUACAGCCAGAACGACCUGAUAGGCCAGAGCCUGUUUGACUACCUUCACCCCAAGGACAUCGCCAAGGUCAAAGAGCAGCUGUCCUCUUCCGACACGGCCCCACGAGAGAGGCUCAUUGAUGCUAAAACCGGUCUUCCAGUCAAGACAGACAUCACCCCCGGCCCAUCUAGACUCUGUUCUGGAGCCAGACGGUCGUUUUUCUGCCGGAUGAAGUGCAACAGGCCUUCUGUCAAAGUAGAAGAUAAAGACUUUCCCUCCACCUGCUCGAAGAAAAAAGCGGACCGUAAGAGCUUCUGCACCAUCCACAGCACAGGCUACCUGAAGAGCUGGCCUCCCACCAAGAUGGGUCUCGAUGAGGACAACGAGCCCGACAACGAGGGCUGCAACCUGAGCUGCCUGGUGGCCAUCGGCCGCCUUCACCCCCACAUUUUCCCCCAGCCCAGUCUGGCAGACAUCAGGGUGAAGCCCACAGAGUACGUCUCCCGGCACGCAAUCGAUGGCAAGUUCGUCUUCGUCGACCAGAGAGCCACAGCCAUCCUCGCGUACCUGCCCCAGGAGCUGCUGGGAACCUCCUUCUAUGAGUAUUUCCACCAGGACGACAUCAGCCACCUGGCAGAGUGCCACAGACAAGUGCUUCAGAUGAGAGAGAAGAUCAACACCAACUGUUACAAAUUCAAGAUCAAAGACGGCUCCUUCAUCACGCUGAGGAGCCGAUGGUUCAGCUUCAUGAACCCCUGGACCAAGGAGGUGGAGUACAUCGUCUCCACCAACACUGUUGUCUCGUGUCCUAUGAUGGAAGGAUUGGACUACCCUCAAUCUGCUGCCUCACCACAGAGUAUGGACAGUGUUCUCACCUCGGAGGGUGGGGGGAGGCGGGCGCUGCAGACGGUACCUGGCAUCCCAGGUGGCACAAGAGCAGGAGCCGGCAAGAUUGGACGCAUGAUUGCAGAAGAAGUGAUGGAGAUCCAGAGGAUUCGAGGGUCCUCCCCCUCCAGCUGUGGCUCUAGCCCUCUGAACAUCACCAGCACCCCUCCACCCGACACCUGCUCCCCUGGGGGCAAGAAGAUUCAGAACGGAGGGACACCCGAGCUGCCGAGCACAGGGAUCAUUCCUGGCCCUGAUUCUGUCGGCUACCCCUACUCCAACCAGUCCAUCAUGAGUGACAACUCCCACCUGAGCAUAGACAUCAUGGACGAGCCCGGUUCCAGCAGCCCCAGCAACGACGAGGCGGCCAUGGCGGUCAUCAUGUCCCUGCUGGAGGCGGACGCCGGCCUGGGCGGACCUGUCGACUUCAGCGACCUGCCCUGGCCUUUGUGAGGACACUCUAAGGGAAGAAGCAGCGCGAGAGAGAGAGAGAGAGAGAGAGCGAGAGAGAGAGACUUCCUCUUAGCACCAGAGCCACUGAUGGAGAGAGUUCAGUCAGGCUGAAUUCUGGCUGCCAUGUUUCCUGCCCUUCUACACACAACUACACUGCAAACAAUGUUCAUCUUAAUGAAUUUUUAAUUGAAAUCUGUCCUUACACACACACACACACACACACACACAAACUCACACACACACUCAAGAGGAGACUUUCUCUUCAUGUUGUUUAGUGCAGUUCAGUCUGGAUGGCUCUCACUACUCUUCAGAUCUCACUCCUACUUUUUGACUCAUCAUUCCCUGUAGGUGGAUCUGUGUUUCAUCGGGGGCAGGAAGACGGAUCAUUAUAUAAACAUCCUGCUCCAGCUGAUGCGUUGGGAUGAUCAUGAUUGCAGUGUCAGUUGUCUGUAGAUGAGGGGUUUCUCUAACAUUGCCACGGUGACAGACCAUUACUCUUUGAAAACAGUCCAGCAAACGGAAUCGCAAGUUUUUUUGUUUUGUUUUUUUUAGAUCUGCGGUGCUAACGUGUCUGCUGAUGGACUGAUCUCUGUCUAACAGUGGUUCUGGGUUUCUGUCGCCGCCCGGUCAUCAGCCAACCCAGAGCCAACACAGGACUCCUGACACUUUCACAGACAUUGGGUUGAAGUUUGAUGUGGAGAGCGCUUUGAUUUCUGCCUCCUACGACAGCCCCUCUCAACAGUCUGCUCGUAGGACGUUGGUGCCGUACAAACACGGCCGUGGUUCCCUCCCCCUGAACGUGGCUGCUUUAGCCCGCUGAUCUCCAACAUGGGAAAUGAAAUGAAAGUCAUUUAUUCCCAAGAUUCCACAAGCAGGUGUAUUUUAGUUCAUUUGAAUAAUGACAAAAUCCUAUUUGAAAAAGCCACCUAGCUGCUAUUUCCUUAACUAACAUGAACGUUAACAACUUUUCUCUCCAAGCUGCUCUAAAGCUAAAGAUUGACUGAAGUACAUUUUCCCAGAAGAACAGAGCAGAUUCAGUAUUUUUAAAACACAGUUAAUUCAUUUUAAACAAAACUGAUCUGCCUAAAAGUCCUCGCAGUAGUUCUGUAAGACAAUGCAUUUGAAAACUGUCCAAAAGUAAUAUUCAAAAAGCUUUUGCGUGUAGCAGCCAGUGAUUCAUGUGACUCGCUAAAUAGAUGAAGGGAUCUUCCAAAAAAAAAAAGUCCAAACGUAUAAACCCCAUCUGAUCUGAAAGGGACUCGAGGACGCUCCGAGGAGACCUGGAGGUUAUUAGGUCUGAACAGUUGAUUAAAUGUAAUAAGCUUGAAUUAGCACGUUUCUGGGCCACCAGAGCGUCUGAAUCAGAGUCCUCAUCUGACCGAGCCGACCGACUCCCUGCACACGGGAAAAUCAUUUACUGAUUUGAGUUUUCGGCACUUAUCCAAUUUUUAAUUGGCCAAACAGCUUAAUUUUAGAUAAUUAUAAGAGUCACAUUAGAUUGUUUAUGACUCACAACCAUUUGCUUCUAUAAUGGUUGUGUAUGCGGGGAAAUGUAACAGGAGUCAAAUGAUCCUGUGCAGCUGUGGCCACUAACUUAAAGUAACACAACCCAGAGGUACGGUGGCCCGCGACUAAACAAGCGUGCUGCAGAUUCAGUCCUAUGACACAACGGAAGUGUUUCCAGCGGACACGAGCGUGGGCCGUUUGGGGGGUGGGGGUUACCAUGAAGGCGUAAUCCUAACUGCAGUGGCCCGGGUUCGAAUCUAACCUGUGGUUGCUUCAUAUCAUCCUCUCUCUCUCUCUCUCCCCCUGACUUUCCUGUCUCUCUCUCCCACUCUCACUACAGGAAUUAAAGCAAAAAAUAACUCCAAGAGAAAAAAGUGAUGCACCUGCUGUGACGCUUGUUAUUCAAUGCUUUUACUGUAAUGUAACUUCAAAACAACAAGUCCCAGCCAGGUUCAUCACUUUUUAGUGUCCCCCUUGGAAACACUUGCGUUGUGUUUGUGUCUUUGCAUUUGCUCUGUUCAGUUGCAGUGCGUUGAGCUCUCAGGGCCACCGUACAGAGGUGAUGAGCUGUGUCCCUCUUCAAUACUACAAACUCGCUCUAAGCAGGUUUCAGUCUGUGGCGUGUCCACAAUGGAACAAUAAAUAAAGUCAAAACAAAAGAACUAAAAACCACCAUAGAAAAAUUUCUUGUUAGUAUAAAACAGUAAAAACAAUAUACUGUAAAGAUUAGUAAACACUAUAUACCGUAUACAAUUACCAUGUAGUAUUGAACUGAGAUCCUGGCCAUCUCUCACCCAGUGCAUGCUGGGAUAGGCUACAGCCCCCAGCAUCCUUCCAAAGGAUAACAGGGUACAGAUGAUAGAGCUCACAGUUCACACAAUGCCUCAAAAAAAAAAAA